AUGGAGGACCCAGAGAAGAAGCUGAGUCCCAAGAGCGACGACAAGCCCCGGAAAGUACGAUUUAAAAUCUCCUCCUCCUUCAGUGGGCGAGUGUUAAAGCAGGUCUUUGAGGAUGGGCAGGAGUUAGAGUCGCCAAAAGAGGACUACCCUCACAGCUUCCUCCAGGAGGCCCUUGAACCAGUGGAUGGUGUUUACGGGUCCGGGGAAGCCCCCAAGCCCCAGCUGUCCUCUCCUAAGCUGACCGCUCGGAGGAUCAGUGUGUUCCCAGAGGGCCAUGCUUACAUGCUGGCAGGUGGCCAGCCUCUGUUCAAUGAUUACAAGGCGAAUGACCAUAAGCAUCCACCUAUUAUAGAUUUUGGAAAGAUAAUCAUCUACACAAACAACUUGAAAAUCAUCCGAACCCCAAUGGACAAGAGGGACUUCAUGAGGAAAAUUCUCCAGAAGGAAGAAGAGGCUGAGGAAGAGUCUCUGAUGAGCAAAGAAGAAAGUUAUGGAGACAGGGAUCGGAAUGAUAGGCCUCUGCUGGAGACAGAAGGCAUGUUCCCCCAUGCUCAAUACAGGCAGGAUGGGGAGCUUCCUGAGGACAACUGUCUUCACUGCCAUGGGUCAGGCAGUGCCACCUGUUCUCUGUGCCACGGCAGCAAAUUCUCCAUGUUGGCGAACAGAUUUAAGGAGUCCUAUCGGGCCCUGAGGUGCCCUGCUUGUAACGAGAAUGGCCUGCAGCCUUGCCACGUUUGCAACCAAUAG